UUUCACUCACCUGAUCAAUAAAAGGACUUGUAAUUAUAAUUUCAUUUGCCUCAACAAGUUUGGAUCAAAAAUGGCGCUAGUUUUUUCAGUUAAUAACGGCCUCCACCAUAAACCCCUCUCUCUUUCAAGCCCUAAUUUCAAUUCUCGACAAUUCUCCACUAAUCUUAAGCAUAAGCCCUUGUUCUGCUCCUCCUUCACUACGAUGAAUCGUCGGUGUCGGCGGCUCUUCCCAAUGGUGAACAGGUUGGAUAAAGAUUCUGCACAGAGCAACUCAACAGAUGAAGAUGUGAAUAAUUUAGGGGUUAAAGCUGCAUUAUCUAUCCUGAGGUUCUACAAAAGUGAAAUUUCGCCAUUGUUACCAAAUAGUUGUCGUUAUGUUCCAACAUGUAGCGAGUAUUCAAUGAUUGCUUACAGGAAAUACGGAGUUCUUAAAGGGACCAUCCUGACUGGUUGGCGUCUCUGUCGUUGCAAUCCCCUCGUGGAUUAUAUUCUUCAGGUGGUUCCGGAUUUGAUCCCCCAAGAUGGUUUGAUGAACCAGAUCCACCAAAGCAAUGAGAAAUUUCAAACGUACUAGAAAGAAGCCAGUGUGAAAGUUAGUUUUUAUGGUUUCAUGGUUGUUAAGGACUUAUUUGUUGAUCUUCCUUGUAAACAUUUUAUAUGUUGUUAAUAUUAUUUUUGUAGUAAAUUGUGCGCAGAUGCAAGAUAGUUUACUUAAAUUCAUGGCUGUUGCUUUUUCUUAAUAUCAU